AUGGAAGAGUUUGAAAGUUCAAUACACAAUUGUCUCGCGGGUGAUGAAGAGUUGACAGCAAUUUCUACGCGAUUUUUUAACAUUCUUCAAGACGAGGAAAACGAGCUCCUUGUUGAGAACUUCGACGAUGAACAGAUUUUUCAACAGAUCGAGCAUUUGUAUACAAAAGAAGUGAUUGAAAAUAUGGAAGAAUACAGAUGCUUGGAAAUCGAGUCGGACUCGGAAGCAGAAGAAGAGCAAGAACUGAUAAGUGACGAGCCUAAGCAACAGGGUUCUCUUUCAGAUGGAACGGAGCUAGAUCCUGAAUUCGGAUACAACUCUGACGAUAAUGAUGAAGGCGAUGAAGACGAUGAUGGCGAUGAAGAAGGCGGAUUCAGCGAUGCUGAGGGAUCUGAUGAUGAUCUCAAGGCUGCGCUGGAGCAUUUUGAUGAUGAUGAAGGAGAAACGAAAGGCAAGAGCUCCAGAUCGGAAGAUGAGUUCGAAUCUCUCCGGGCUCAAAAGUCCGAAAUCGACGAUGAAUUCUUCUCUCUCGCCCAGAUGGAAAAGUACUGCGACGAUAUGGAUCAGAAAGAAAUGGACGGAAACUUGGAUGAACUGGACUCAGAUCUGGAAGACGAGCUCUACGGCGAUGGUACAGGGGCUGACGAUGGCGAAGAAGAAGACGAGGACGACGAUGAAGAGGCGGACAAGCCAAUAAUGUACGAUUCUUUCUUCAAGUCUACAUUUGAAAAGCGACAAGAAAAACUCGCAGAGGAGAUCAAAAAGCUCGAGGACGAAGCUGUCUCCAAGAAAGCCUGGCACUUGCGAGGUGAAGCCACCGCUGAAGCUAGACAUGAAGAUGAACUACUUCAAAUGGAUCUUGACUUUGACGCUCAGGCUCCUGCGGUAGCUCCGACAGCAGAAGCGACUGAAACCCUCGAGGCGAUAAUUAUUCAAAGAAUCAAAGACAUGGCAUUCGACGAUGUCGAGCGAAAGUCACGUGCGAUGAUUGAACCUGCUGAAGCUAAAGCGCGACUAGUUCCGGACGAAGAGCGAAAAUCACUAGCCCAACUAUAUGAAAAUGAAUUUUUACAGAAAGGACAAGAUACAGACGAAGACCCAGUUCGAAAAGAAAUCAAGAAGGACAUGAACGACCUGUUUGCCGAACUUGACUUUUUGACCUACGAUACGACAGUGAACCAGAAAGAGGUGGAAAUUAAGGUGAUAAGCGAUACUCCCGCCUUGCGCUCGGAGGAGAUCGGCCCUUCGCUCGUCUCGACGUACUCUUCGAUGGCGCCGGAGGAAAUCGACGGAAAGGCCCGAGGCGCGUUUAUGGACAAGAGCGAGCGAUCUGCAACGGAUAUUAAAAGACACAGAAGAAAGGUCAAGGCAAAGAUUAAAGCUAGAAAGGAAGCGGGCAAAGAAGUUACGUUUAAAAAGCCGAAAACAAAGUCGCAAGCGGACCUCAGACCCGUCGAUGGUGCAAAGAUCAAAUGGACGAAUUCGACAAAGGUCUUCAAAGCGCUGCAAGACGAAAUCGACCACGGGACUCUUUCGAAAAAGGCCGCCUCGAAAGCGAAGAAGGAAAAAGUUUUGGAAAUGCGAAAAGCAAAGAGUUUCAAACUGUGA